AUGGGUCUCCCUGUUAUAAACAGACUAGCGAAGCAAGGAGAUCAGCUCAUCAUUCCUUACAGGCAGGAUCCGUACUAUAUGAAAGAGCAUAAGAUUCCUGGUGAAUACGGUCAAAUUCUAUUCUUUCCUUUCGAGUUAAAGGACGAAGCAACCAUCAGAAAGGUGGUUCGAUACUCAAACAUCGUGAUCAAUCUCAUUGGAACCAGAGUGCCUACAAAGAAUUACGACUACUACGAAGUUCACGAGCAUGGUGCUCGUCGUCUUGCAAGAAUCUGUCGGGAGAUGGGUGUAGAGCGCUUUAUUCACAUGUCAGCUCUGGGCGCAACACCCAACCCAGGAAAAGGACACUAUGUUAAGCAAUCGCAGUUUCUGCGUAGUAAGGGCCUUGGAGAAAUUGCGGUGCGUGACGAAUUCCCAUCAGCGACGAUAGUUCGUCCAUCACUUAUUUAUGGAGAACUUGACGGUUUUAUCACAUAUUAUGUGAGCAGGUGGCGAAAAACACCUCUUGAUUUGGUGUACUUGUACAAGAAGGGCGAGCACACCUACAAAAUGCCGAUCUGGAACGGUGACGUAGCUGCUGGAAUUGAUCGCAUCGUUCGCGAUCCAACAUCGGCUGGUCAGACUUACGAAUUUGUUGGACCUCAUUGUUACCAAUUGAGCGAGCUGAUGGACUUCAUGUUUAGGAAAGCAAAAUGUAUUGAGGAAUUUGGAUUCCACUAUCGAAGGCAUGCAUUGCCUGAUCCAUACUUCAAAAUGUUAACCUGGCUAACAGAGCAAUGGGGCCACUUCUUCAAGUGUAAGGUCCCACUCAAUCGCGAAUGGAUGGAGUAUGUGGAAGUGAAAGACGACGUCCUAACUGGGCAGAGAACUUUGGCUGAUCUGGGCAUUCGACGUUUGACAGAAUUUGAAUUUGCUGGAGGAAAACAGGCGUUCUAUCAGUCUUUCCAUAAGGUCUAUGAGGAACAGUAUGGAGACUUACCGCCUCCUCGCCUACCUUUGAGGUCGCCGCCGAUUAUAAGAAAACCAGAUAUGGAGGAGAAAAUGGCGUUUGGCAAAGGACUUGCUUUCAACUAG